AACCGCGUCGUCUUGACGCCCCAGCGACGGUAAAGGCGGUUCUUGAGCAGGCCUAUAGUUUCCAGAAUGGUUCAUUUUCGUGCGGGUGCGAGGAGAGAGCUUCAGCGCUAGGGCGGUCGGAUCAAGCUAAGUUCAAGGAGACACCAAGGAGGACCCCGCUGACAUAGCGCACGCGCGCAAAUCAGCCCAGAGACCCCGGCGAAGGCUUCAGCGGCGCCGCGCGGCCAAUCUAAGCUGCGCAAGGCCCCCGUAGGCCACAACACAAAAAACACAGCACAUGUUGAUCAAGAUGAACGACGACGACGACAACGAGGCCGACCCCGGUCCCAUGCCCCUGUUAGAGGAUUGCGACUCCGCGGACGAGCGCGAGCGCCUCGAAGCCUCACAAAGGGUUUUGGCCCAGUCGAGGGCCGUGCGCAAGCAGAAGGAGCAGGCGCAGAAGAUUCAACAGGCGCGGCUCGCAGAGGAGGUACGCAGGGCGCGCGACAAGGAAGAGGCGGCGAUGGCCGCGACCUCAGCGCUGCUGGCGGCCCAGAUCAAGCGCAAGCAGCUCCGGAGCAUCGAAGCGGCGCCGGAGCCGGAGACGUCGCCGCGGAGCGUCGUGAUGCCGCCCUACGCGGCGUGGCGGCUCAAUGCUGCGCCCGUCACGUUGGACCUGGCUUGGCGGGGCGAUGCGAAAGUCGACGAUGUGCCACCGCCUCUCGUCGAGGCCGAGCCGAAGCCGAGCGACGUGGAGAGCGUCGUGGCGGCGAUGGGCGACGACGACGACAAGUCCAUCGUCAAGGACGUGGCGGCGACGGACGACAACGACGUGCCAGUCGUCGUCGAGGACGUCGCUGCGGCGACGGGCGGCCAUAAGGCCGCUCACGAUUGCCAGGAGCAGCCCGUCGUUGAGACAGGCGGCACUGAUGGCGCUGCUGGCGGCGGCGCCGAGAAUGGCGGCGCCGAUGCCGACGCGCAUGGCGUCGACGUGCAGAGCGCCGACGUCGAGAUGGAAGGCGCCGACGCCGAGGAGGGCGGCGGGGGCGACGAGGAGGAGGACCCGCUCGACACUGACGGCGUCGAGGCGGCGACGGGCGGCACCGAGGGCGGCGUCGUCGUCGAGGAGGGUGCCGCGGAGGGCUGUGGCACGAAGGGCGUCGAGGCGACGCGCGGCGGUGCCGACGGCGAGGAGGACGACCCCGAGGCCAUGGAGGAGGAGGACAACGACGACACCAUCUUCUACGUCGAGACGGGCGUCGAGGCGGGUGUCGUCGAGGCGCGCGUCGUCGACGACGUCGAGGCGCGCGACGUCGACGACGUCGUGGUAGGGGCGACGGGCGGCGUCGUGGAGGGUGACGGCGACGCCGUGGCCAACGCUGCGUCUGCGUCGGCCAUCGUCCGGUUCACGGCCGGCCCGCUCCACGUCUCGACCAGCGCCCUGGACGAGGUCCUUGACGUGGGCGACCCCGUCGUCGCCCAUUACGGGCACGGCCUCGUUGAGGGCAAGACCGUCGUGCGCAAGGCCAAGGAGCUCUGGUCGAAGGGCGUCGUCAAGGCCGUGCAUCGGGUGUCGUCGCGUCGCGUCACGUACGACAUCCUCUACGACGACUGUGGUACGUGCGAGACGGGCGUUCUCGCCUCAAACGUCCGUCGCCGCAGUGCCGACGGCUGUCCUGGCCACGGUCGCCCAUUAACAAGCCCCCGGGCCGGUCUCGAUCUCGUCGAGCCGGUGCCGACGAAUGCCCCCGGGCAUUUGGUGGAAUCAUUCACCACCUUUGAAGUACCAACGGCGCCGCCGCCGCCGCUCAUCACAGCGCCGACGGAGGAGCUGACGGAAAUAUGCACGAUCUGCCACCACGAGGUGUCGGUCGACUGCGACGUCGUCCUCAAGUGCUGCCACGUGUUCCACAUGUCCUGCCUGGGCGAGUACAGCAAGCACUGCGGCCACGCACCGACGAGGCGCUCGUUCCAGGUGCCGUGCGCGAAUUGCCGCGUCGUCGACCGCGUCGAGCUCGGUACGAAUCCUCGCGGUCCACAGCGUUAUAAUCCGCAAGAAGAGGCGGAGCGUCCUCAGUUAGCUACGAAGAAGAGGCCCGCUGCCGCGGCGCCCAAGCUCAAGAAGAAAAAGAAGAAGAAGGCGUCGCCACAUACGGCAGUCGUCGUCGACGAGAACUACAAGCCCACGCAAGUGGUCGAGCCGUUGUGGCACCCGUCGGGCUGCGACCUCUGCUCGCGGCCCCUCGUGUUGUCAGCUGGUCGAGCGGUGGUGAUCGGCUGGCUGCCGGCGGCCGAGAGUGGGGUUCCUCGACAUCCACGGCAAGCCCGCAGCUCUUUACAAGGCGGCCUUCACGACCGGUCGCCGCGUCGGAGAAGAGAAAGAUCUGGAAGAAGACGAGGUCCGCAAGUACCUCGCGCCCGAGGCGUUCCCUUCGGCUGACGAUUGUGUUGCGCUCAUGACGGUCGGGAACGGCUGCGGCGACGACCGUAUCUGCUGGACGACGGAGUUCGGUGGCGAAGGCGCUGGUGCCGGUGAGAACGCCUUCGAGAACCACGUGCUGUUGCAGCCGGAGGCCGUCUCUCCGCCGAUGCGCGACGCGCUCCUCGGCCGCUGGAUCGAGGUCUACUGGGCGGGCGACAAGGUCUGGUACAAGGGCCGCGUCGUCGGCCAGAAGAUUAUCAACGGCGCCAUCCAGCUCAGUGUGAAGUACGUCGACGGCGAGCAGCACGACGAGGCGCUCCAGGACGAGCCGUUCGCCGGCGACGGCGUCCCGCCGGACGAUCGCAAGCCCUGGUACUGGCGCUACGCCGAGCCGCCGAAGACGGCCGCGCUACCGGACGAGUCGGCCGACGUGCCGCCGCCGCCGGAGUUCCAGCUCUGCCGCGAGCUGAGCGAGGUCUGCGAGAGCGUCGAGACUUCGUCGUCCGUCGAGGCCAUGGAGAUCGAGGCCAUGGAGACGCAUUCGCACGCCGCAACGCCGAAGCGUUCGCUGACCGUCACGUUCCGCCUGGACAACGCCAAGAAGCAGAAGACGGACGUCGACGCCGAGGCCGAGUUCGAGUGCAAAGAUGAGAACCAGAACAACGCCAUGGUCCUCGAGCUCCUCGCGGCCGUCGCGGCGUCGCAGCGCUGCCUCUGA